AUGGAUAUUCGAGAGAAAGUUCAACUUCAGUUAGGUCGCGUUGAAGAGGAAACUAAACGUUUAACCAUGAUUCGUGAGGAGCUUGAAGCACUGGCAGAUCCCAUGAGAAAGGAAGUUGUCAUAGAAAGGGAAUACGAGGAAGCCCCGGAGGUGUUUAACGAUAAGAAAAAAGAGAAAGUACAACUCCUCACCAAAUUAAUGGAGCUAGUGAGUGAAAGUGAAAAGUUGAGGAUGAAUAAGCUGGAAGAACUCAGCAAGAACAUAAAUUCAAUACAUUAAUCUAACCCUCUCAUGUUUUUAACUGACUAGGUUUGUGUGAUGUAUCUAAGGUUACUUUUAUAUUUACAUAUGGUUGUGUUACUUUUUUUUGGG